AUGCCCAAGGCCUCGACCAGCUUCUCCCACAUGCCAGCUCCGUCAAAGAAAGUGUCCUUUGGCGCGCACAAGAGGUAUUCUGAGGUUCAACAGAUGGCUAUGGAACAUCUGGCUUGGUGCAAUUGCGAAAUGGCACCGCAGUUUGAGAGCAGUAACGCUACUGCGGAGAGCAAGACGGACCUUUGGAAAGAAGGUUGGAAGCGGCAUCAUGAGAGCUGGAAUAUCAUUGAGAGUAUGUUGGGUGCGAAAGUGAAUCGGUCUCGGAAGCAUGGUGGCCAGCGUGCGAGCUGCCCGCAAAUUUCACAGUUUGUGACUUCAGCGCAGGCAUAG